GAGCAGCUGAGCCUGAACUGUCGAAAAGUGUGUCAAUACCCUGCGAUCAUCACUGCAUGUGUUUUAUGGGAAUUUCUUUGGAGAUGGAUGGACUGAUCCACAUGGAGAGACAAAAGUUGCCUUUCACUAUUGAAAACAUACUGAGCAAAUAUCCAAACAGCAAUGGAGACAGACCAUCAUGUGGAACAUGUAGCACUGGAGUAAAAGAGAAGGCAGUGAGUUCUGCUGGAGGCCAUGCAGAGGCUGUGCAUCAUGCCUGCCUGUGCUGCUGCUACUGCUCCCACUGUGGAGACAUAUACCAGACUGAUUUCAUUCAUGAAGCCUGUCAGUAUGGAUGGUCCCCAGCGAUGCUCACAGACACGUGCAGGCUGGGAGAAGCUCACAGGGAGGAGCAGUCACCCGGUCAGGUGCAGAGGCGAACCAGACGUCACCGCACUAUUUUCACAGAGGAGCAGCUGGACGCACUAGAGGAGCUGUUCCUGCAGAACCAGUAUCCAGAUGUGACCACAAGGGAGAAACUAGCACAGCACACUCAUUUAAGGGAAGAAAGAGUAGAGGUUUGGUUUAAAAACCGAAGAGCAAAGUGGAGGCGUCAGAAAAGACUAUCAUUUGGUAUGGGAAACACAGAAAACUAAAUUUAUAAGGACAUAUAUGGACCAUAACAUUGAAAAAGGAGAGAGUUGUGUUAUUUGUGUGAGCUUGAGUUACAUAAACACAAGGAUUUUUUUUAUUGCUAUUGUUAUUAAAUAUAAUAGCCAGACAAAAGUGUUAUUUUUCAUAUAAUAGACAAACUUUUUUGUGUCAGUGAAAUCAUGUGACAGUUGUGUAGCCUAUUUGUGAAUCUGAUUGGUUGAGUGCAUGAUGGAAGGUCUUGCAGUAUAUGCUGAUACUAAAUCUUGAAUCUGUAAAUGGGUUGUUAUAGGUUGCACUGGU